AUGGAGAUUUUUCCAGUUUACGUUCUUCAUAGUGGUGAAUGGGAAGAAAAUAAGUUUAUCAAUUUCGUCAGCGAUUGUGUAAUAAUCGAGUCGAUAUUCAGCUACAACAAUUUAGUUGCAGCUAUUUCGGAACAGAUUAGGAUCGAUGGUGAGUUAAACACAAUAGAGAUUAACUUUCUCCCAAAUGUUGGUUUGCCACCGAUCCUGAUUUACAACGAUACAUGUGUUAAGGUGUAUAUCGAAUUAAAGAAGAAAAACUUGAAUUUCACUGAAUAUCCCUUGUUUGUAACAGUGAAAGAGAUUUAUGAUAAUCGUUUGGAUGCUACAAGUUCUAGUUGUAGAUGUAUCCCAAUUGAUAGCACUGAGAUUAUUGAUAUCGAAUAUAUUGAAAACACGAAAUUUAGUGAAAACACGGGUAUAAUAGAUGAUAUAUUGAACGAAUUUGUUGAGGAAGAUCAAGUUUAUAAGGAUAAAGAGACAGUUGUCAGUGUGAUGAAGAACUUGACUGUACGUGAGAGGUUCCAAUUCAAGGUGAAGAGAUCAAGCGCAACAAGGUAUAACCUUAUGUGUAUGGAUGACAAUUGUGCUUGGAGUUUCAAAUCUUCUGCCGUUUUCAAGGCAAACAUAUUCAAAGUGAGAAGUUACAAUAAUAAUCACACAUGCGGCUAUAGUGAAAGAUACUUAACACAACGUCAAGUUACUUCGGUUGUAAUUGCUAGUAUAGUCAAGGACGAGUGUGUUAAUCCAAAAAAAGUUUACACCGCAAAUGAUAUAAUAGAGGACAUACAAAAGCAACACGGGAUUGAAGUGAGCUACAUGAAAGCAUGGAGAGCUAAAGAGAUAGCAAUGGCAAUGAUAAGAGGGAGUCCUAGUGAUUCAUAUAAGGAGUUGCCGAAGUAUUUUUAUAUGUUAGAGCAAACAAAUCCAGGAACGGUUACAAAGUUGCACAAAUCAGAAGAUGGAUGCUUUCUUUAUGCAUAUGUUUCGCUAUAUGCAUCUAUCAAGGGCUGGGAGCAUUGCAGACCGAUAAUGGUUGUUGAUGGAAGUUUCCUUAAAGCAGCAUAUAAGGGUACCAUAUUGACUGCUUGCACACAGGAUGGAGCUGGUGAGUUGACUGCAUCUACCUUGUUUCUGCAGUUUGUAUAA